AUGGGAUUUUUUGCCUUUUCUAUGCAUUCAGGCUGCCGACACGGGCGCUCAGCCUGGUUCUAUGUGGCGCUGGUCCUGGGAGUCCUUGUGCUCGUCCUGCUGGGUGUCAUAGCCGUGCUAGCCAAGCAAUUUUUGAAGGGCAGAGCAGGAAACUCGGAAAGUUCGUCCCAGUAUGGUCUAAAUAGCACUGGUGAUCACAUUCCUUCAGAGAAAACUGUCUCGGCAGUGCUCCUGAAAUGGCUCAUGGAGGAACUGUGUGAAGACGGACAAGGAACAACAUGCGAGCUGUGUCCUCCAGGGUGGCAACUACACAGGGGGAGAUGUUACUACUUCUCUGAGGAGGCUGUAAGCUGGGAUGACAGCCAGAAUAACUGUCUGGCCAGGAAAUCCCAGCUUCUUGUCAUUGAAGAUGAAAUUGAGAUGGAAUUCAUAGACAAUAUAGAGAAAGAUACCAAAUAUAUCUGGAUUGGAUUGAAGAUUCAAGACAUGAAGAAACAACAGAGUUCAGUUGAAGAUCCCAAAGGAGAAGAAAACAGGAUAGCUAUAAAUAGAAUAGGUACUGACAAGAACUGUGCUGUUUACAGAAGAAAAAACAUGAUCCAAGCAGAUAACUGCCAGACUUUAAAGAAGUGGAUCUGUAAGAAGAAUGCAACUUUGUUGGUGGUCUGA